GCGCGCCAAAACGUGUCUGUUGACUAAACUCGGGAACUUUGACAACUUCUCAGUGGUGGUAAAUAUUGACUGAUCACAGCUGAACGGACGCUGUCGAGAAAAACAGAAGUAUUGCCGAGCGUUACGAGAAAGCUAAUCGAGAUGAACCGAUUCGCCAAACAUCCCUCUUGACAUCGAGUGCUUUUGACAGUUCGCCACUACCUUCUAUGUUCUCUGAUGAAAGUGAUAUUUUUAUCUUGUAUUUAUCUUUGAUAUUUAUCCUACCCUUUGAUACGCGUAUUUCUUAUGAAGUUUUAUAUGAAUGAAGAACUCACAAUGUCUCAGCACGGAGCUGCUCUUCAGACGUACAACCAGGAGCUCGUUAAAUUGUUUGUAGGUUUGGAAGAAAUGAAAUUAAAACGUUCGGAACUCCAAGCCCAGAUAGAAGCCCAGGAGGAAGAGAAGAAUAAUUUGCAACGUGAAAUCGAGAAGAUGUCGUGUAAACUAACACAACUGAACGAUAGUCUGGCGAAAAGAAUCUCCGUUAGGAACGAAUAUGACAGAACUAUUUCUGAUACAGAGACGGCGUACAUAAAAAUUUUGGAAAGUUCGCAGUUGUUGCUUAACAUGAUCAAAAAGGAAGCUGUGAGCCUGGAUCAGACAUUGAUCAAAGCUAAUAUUGAAAAGCAACAGCGCUAUUGAGAAGUGUGUCAAGAGUGU